GGAGGUCAGACAUCGUUUUGGGAAGGGAGCUUAUGACUAUGUACACAAAAUAUACAAUUGGCAUGUCCUGGAAAGACCGAAGAAGCGAGGUAACGGUACAAUACAUAUUUCGUCUCUGUCGGCAAGAUUUAUGUCAGGUGACAUUAACAAUAGCGAAUUGCAUGGAGCCAAAAGUGUUGCGGACGCAGUGACCGGUGUAGCUUUACGGGACAAUUACACAACAGUAACACCGGUGCUUGAUGCUUAUAACGAUAUUUUGAGAAAGGGAAAUGCCUCUGAAUAUUACUAUUAUCGGGGGCUUAAAGAGUAUACACGUUCUAACAAGACCCAAAUUAAAGUUGUAGAAAGAAACCUCCCUCGGUGCCGGAGUAACGCCAAGUUUCAGAGGACUUUCUGCACCUCCAGCCCCUACAAGCGGUGUUUGUGUUGGUGUCACGGACAGUUUGUGUUCAUCAGGGAUUUCAGCGGAAACGGGACUCGCUCUGAACCGCUGUACAAAACCAAAACAGGCUAUUAUGAAAUCCUGGAGGUGAUGCCUACAGCUACUCAAGCACAGAUAAAAACAGCCUACUACAAGCAGUCCUUCGUCUACCACCCAGACAGAAACGCCGGCAGCGAGGAGGCCACUAUCCGCUUCUCUGAGAUCAGCGAGGCCUACACGGUGCUGGGAAACAAGGCACUGAGGAAGAAAUAUGACCGGGGGCUGCUCAGCCAGUCGGACCUCGUUGCAACGGCCAGACCCUCCGCCAAGGACAGCGCAGGGAGCCCCGCGAAACAGCAAACUGAAAGCCGGCGGUCUGUAGUGGGCGCCGACAUCCGAGAAGGCGUCUUCGAUUUCGACAAGUUUUUCAAGUCCCACUACAACGAGCAGCUGCAGAAACAAAGAGACAUCCGAGUCCGCAAAGAGGAGAUGCUCAGGGAGAAACAGGAGGCGAUGGCCGAGAAGAAGCUGGGCAAGUUGACGGAGAUAUGUGUAGGGGUGCUGCUGGCAAUGGCUGUGGGUAUAAUGAUCAGCUUAAAACGGGGGUGAAGUACAGGUGGAUGUGGAUUGGAGGAAUGUUGUCCCACCCACUGUGGGGCCCCUAAACUAUCACCACCUUUCACACUACUAGGGGCAACACUGAGCACCAGACUUAUGAUCACCUCAAUCCCCUCACCAAAGCAGACACGAAACACCAUCAUCGUUUGGUUCACUGUGACACAGUGCAAUUUCCUAUAGAUCACACUGUCCUCCUGUAAGAUGCAAACCAAAGACUAAACUGGUACAUGCAUGGAGCUGUUGUAACAGUUAAUCUCCAGAAAAUGAAUUGGCAUCUAGAUUGAUAAUCAAUUGUCAUGUCACAAGUCAUUUUCAAGUAACAAGAACAAAUGUCAAACAAAUGUGAGAAUUUCCUGCCUUUUGUUGUCUUGUUACAUUAAGCUUAAUAUUGUUGGGUUUAGGACUAUUAGUUGAAGAAAAAAAACAAUCAAAUUAGGUUGCUUUGGGCAUUUUUAGAACAAAUGAUCAAUCAACACUGAGAAUAAUCUAUAAUUGCAGUCCUAAAUGAACAUAUAAACGAGAAUGUACCACAGGACAAGUACACUACAGUAUUCAUUGGUUUUUCUGUAAAACAAACAUUGGAUAAAUCUGUGUGUGUCACCAGUUUCAUUAUGGUUUUUUUUUUUCUUUGCUUGGUGGUGAAGUCUUUGUCAAUCAGUUGGUCAGUCACACAGUCAGCGUGACACCCAACAGUAAUUCCCCACUGUGCCAAGCAUGUUGUCAGCAUGCCAUCACAUGCUGAUAGAGGAAGAUUCAGUGGUUGAUUUACAACCCAGGAGUGCCACAGUUCAACUUCUUUUGCUUUUAUAAAGCCAUCUGUCCAGCAGAUGUCUAUAUUUUUAAUGGUGACAUGAGUUUUGAUUAGGGUUUAUUGCUAUGUAUGAAAUAUUUAUAGCAAUGUAAGGGAUAUCAGAUCAGAGAGCCUGUUAAAUGGGAAUUCAGGAACUGUAAGUUUAUGCUCAGAUAGUUAAGUUAAACAAUGUGCCUUGGAUAAUAUUUAUUUUAAAAAUCUGUGGUUAUAUUGUCCAGAUAUUUAACAAAUAAAUGACUUAUGAUCCGUAAC